GAGCUCCCACAGCUCAGCCCUCCCUCCUCUCCCAACCAAUGGCCACAUCCUGGCUGGGCCCACAGCACAGUGCAUAUAAGAGGACCCUGGAGAGUGAGCACCACCAGGCCAGUCCUGAGCGUCUCCAGCUCCAGCCCACCUGCCCACUGUACCAUCAUGUCUCUGACCAACAGUGAGAGGGCCAUCAUCACGACCAUUUGGGACAAGAUAUCCACGCAGGCUGAUGUCAUUGGCACUGAGACUCUGGAGAGGCUCUUCUCCAGCUACCCCCAGACCAAGACCUACUUCCCCCACUUCGACCUGCACCCGGGGUCGCCACAGCUGCGCGCACACGGCUCAAAGGUGAUGGCCGCCCUGGGCGACGCCGUCAAGAACAUCGACAACGUGGAGGUCGCGCUGACCAAGCUGAGCGAGCUGCACGCUUACGUCCUGCGCGUGGACCCCGUCAACUUCAAGCUCCUGUCUCACUGUCUGCUGGUCACGCUGGCCGCGCACUUCCCCGCCGACCUCUCGGCCGAGGUCCACGCCGCCUGGGACAAGUUCCUGUCCCUUGUGUCCUCCAUCCUGACCGAGAAGUACCGCUGAGCGCCGCCGCCCGAACCCGGCACUGGCUACGACCCCUGAGCAGCAGCCCCCCACACACCCCCCCUCCCGCUUUCCUCCCCGGAAUCCCCAAUAAAAGGAUGAGG